AUGCCCAACCCCAAAUCAAAAUCAAAAUCCAACCCCCUCACAACCCCCGCAACACCAAUAGCCCUGCAACCCCACCACCUCCUCUCCCCACCCGCAGACCUCCUAACCAACACCGCAACAACCCUAACAAUAACACCCACCCAAGAAACCAAACCCGCCUCCCCGGCCUUCACAGUCCACCACAUCCGCGCACACGAAACCCUCAACAGCCCAGACCGCACCGUCCCCCUUUACACCGUGUACGGGAAACCAUGGCCGAACACGAGCCGCAUAGUCUGCGACAGCGAGGGCGUGCCGCUGCUCGUAUUACGACGGGCUUGGUUGUCGAUGCGGAAGUGGGCGGUUAGACUCCCUGACCAGCAUCAGCGGACUGGGGAUUUAUUGAAUGCUUCGAUGCCGUGGGCUGGCGAUGGGCCGGGGUCUAGGAUUGGGGUUGGGGGUGGGGGGUUUAGGCUUGAGGUGCGGUUUGUGAAUGCGCUUGCGGUUAGGGAGGGAUCUGGUAUUGUUAGAGGGGGAGGGGGAGUGGAGGCUGAUGUGUCUGGUUCUGUGCCGGGUGACGAGCCGCCGCCUUAUAGUACUGUUUCUGGGAUUGGGGUUGGAGACGGGGGUGGGAGUGGUCAUGGUGAGGGGAAUGCGGAUGCAGAUGCGGGGGUGGUACAUCCACAUCCACCACUCCCCAAUUCGCAUUCUCAGAGUCCAAUAGCAUCAAGACCAACGCAUACACAUACACACCAUCCCCACUCUCCCUCCAUUCUCCCUUCCUACGACUCCGUCCGUCGAGACUCACCUAAUUCCCUACGAGAUCUACUCGAUGCAAUUGAGCCGCCGCAAGAGCCGGCGCCGGCUGCACCGUUUCUUUCGUCUGCAUAUUCAUUGCAGAAUGCCAAUGCCAGUACCAAUACCAGUUCCAGUUCCGGUCCUGCUAAUGCAGAAGCCGAUGCACCCCCGGGCUCAAAAGUUGAGUUGAGAGUGAUGCAGCUAGCUGCAUCGGGUACGGGUGUGAUGAUGGGUAAUCAGAAGAUCAUGCAUAUCACGCGACACAAUGUGAUGGACUACAGUAAAUCCAAAACGAAGUUGAGGCCGAGGUGGGAGGUUGAGGUUGCUGAGGGUGUUGAUUUGUUACUGGCAGUGAAUACCGUGCUGAUUAUGGCCGAGUCUGUGUCUUCUCGGAAUAGAUGGAAGUAA